AUGAGAUUCCCGCUCCGCCUAGUCGCCGCAGGGCUCGCCGCCGCUGGCUCCGGCAUGACCGAAAACUUCAUCGGGUCCUGCGACGCCAGCACCGUCCAAGUCAGCGGGCGCAUUCUCACAGCCAGCUGCCGCAACAUUUUCGGGGCGCUCCGGUGCUCGAGGCUCGACCUCGGCCAGUGCCUCAAGAAUACGUACGGGUCGCUGCAGGCGGACCCGGCCGGGACUGGGCCACACUUUGGAGACCAGUGCGUCGAGUGCAGCAACUCCAAGACUUUGGGUGGCAUCCUGCUGGGUGACAACCCGUCGCUGGUGCACUGCCAGUGCGACCCCGGCACGGGCGCGUCGCAGGCGAGCUGGCCGACAGCCAUCUUUGACCUGAACACGGUCGUCGACAACAACAACGGGGUGCUGGAGUGCUAUCGGACAAAGGGGAGCCCGUGCUAG